GCGGAGACAAGCCCGCCACCGGGUAACCAUAGAGUUGGCCUCCUGCGGGCAAGAAGGGCCCGACGAUACCAUAGAGAGUGACAGAGUGUCCUGGGCACGGCCGGCUCCGUCCGUGGCAGGGCUUGGGCUGCCUAGCACCAUGGCCUCCCGUGCGGGCCCCCGGGCUGAGGGCACAGAUGGCAGUGACUACCAGCAUCGCGAGAGGGUGGCCUCCCAUUACCAAAUGAGUGUGGCCCUGAAGACCGAGAUAAAGAAGCUGAUCUACAUGCAGGUGGCCAUCUGGCUGCUGCUCCUGGCCCAGAUGUGUGUGGGUCACCUGAAGCUGCUGCCCCAUGACCAGGUGGCCAUGCCCUACCAGUGGGAGUACCCCUACAUGCUCAGCAUCAUCCCUUCUCUCUUCGGCCUCAUGUCCUUCCCCCGCAACAACAUCAGCUACCUGGUGCUGUCCAUGAUCAGCACAGGCCUGUUCUCGGUGGCACCCCUCAUCUACGGCAGCAUGGAGAUGUUCCCCAUGGCGCAGCAGCUCUACCGCCAUGGCAAGGCCUAUCGCUUCAUCUUCGGCUUUUCCGCCGUCUCCGUCAUGUACCUGCUGGUGGUGGUGGCGGUGCAGGUGCACGGCUGGCAGCUCUACUACAGCAAGAAGCUCCUGGACUCCUGGUUCACCAGCACGCAGGAGAAGAAGAAGAAAUGAAGAGGGACUGGGAGCCACACACCUGUGUGACUCGGGGGGGGGGGGGGGGAAGGGGCUGGAUGGCACCACGGUGGGGUCCCCAUUUUUGGGCAGCUCUGCUGGUAAACACUGAAAGCUCCCUGUAGGCUGGGCUGCCCUGCCAGGCACCCAGCCGGAGUGUGCUCAGGGUUCCUCCAACCUUAGCCCUGGCUGGUAGUGACUGAAUGUUCUUCAGUGGCUGGUGGGCCAGGGCUGGGUAGGAGGGCAGCUCCUGAUGCCACCAGAGUACCCUCACCAGAAGUCCCCUGGCAGCACGUGGCUCUGGUUGGCUGGGAUGAGAGGGGCGUGCAUGAUGGGAGUGGCCUGGGGGCAGCCACCAGCCCUUACUGAUCUCCCCAUUUCAUGGAGCAGAAACGUGCCCUGACCGCAGUGCCUCUGUGCUGAAGUCUGACAACAUGGCACAGCCCCAGGGCUGCAGACGGUGGUUGGCGUGGUGCUGCCCACUCCCACAGUGGCUUGUGCUGUGCUGGGCCAAUGUCUGUGUCUGAGGCCCAGUCUGCACCAGUGCCCUGCCCAGAUUGCCCUGGAGGCAUGCAGGGCCUUCCCUUCCCCCGCAGCUGGGUGAAUUCCAUGCCUCCUCCUGGGAAUGAGCAGCUCCGAGUCACCAGAGAGCCCGUGGUCUCAGGCCAGGUGCCUCCCAGCCCCCAGUGCCGCUGGCUGUGAGAGGGGCGGCGCUGGGGCCGAGGGGGGUCGGGCUGGUGCCACUUGCUGCGAGAGGGGCUGGGUUGGUGCCCCCAGGGCCGCUUGCUGCAAGAGGGGCAGCGCUGGGGCCGAGGGGGGUCGGGCCGGUGCCGCUUGCUGCGAGGGGGCAGCGCUGGGGCCGAGGUGGGUCGGGCCGGUGCCGCU